AUGACCCGCCCCCGCCGUAACUGGACCGCCGAGGAAGACAUGAUUCUUCGUGAAGAGGUGGAAAAAGCGCAGGCCGCCAGGAACACCACGGUUAACUGGACCGAAAUAGCGCGCCAGGUACCUGGCCGUACGAAUAAAGAUUGUCGCAAGAGGUGGCACGGAACCACGUCAGCAAAAGUGAACAAGGGCCCUUGGACAGAGGAUGAAGAUGAGAGAUUGCGAAAUGCAGUCCAAAAGCAUGGGCCCAAGUGGACAGCCGUGGCUUCGGUGGUCGGGACUAGGCUACCAGACCAGUGUUCCAAGCGAUGGAGCCAUGCCAUCAAGCCGGAGAUUGACCACGGUCCAUGGGCCGUACAAGAGGUUUGCACCGCUUAUGUUGUCGAUCAUAUAUACGAAGCUAACCGUGAGCAGGACAAAUUAUUGAUUGAAAGCGUCCAGAAGUACGGCCACUCCUGGCAGCAGAUUGUCUCGCUCUUCUUUCCCCGUCGAACCAGCCUCUCUGCUAAGAAUAGAUUCCAUCUUCUCCAGCGACGGUCGCAGCAUUAUUGCCGACGGGCAAGGACCCCGAGUUCAGGUGCCUCCGACUUCAAACCCAGCAUCAGCGGCUACGAAUCCGGGGAUGGCAACGAGCUGGCUUGGAUGAAGCUACCAGAUACCAUUUCUGGCUGUCUCGGGGAGGAUCUUUUGGACAUGGACAUGGACGAGCCUGGGGGUCUACCAGAAGCUGCCGCGGAGCCGCCGUCUAAGACCUCGGACCCUCUCUGGAUGACCCCGUUUUCUCAAUCCGAGCUUUCCAGUGACACGAUGGGCAUGUUGGACUUCCCUUUUCUACAGAACGGUACCGGCUUUCGAACAAAUGACGUGAGUAUCACGUUGACUUCAUCAGAUCUGGAUGACCACAGUGAUCCUUUCAGCUUAACACUUGCCAAUAAUCCCAAAGAACAAAAACAAGAGCUGAGCCCUGAUGAUCUUACCCCAUAUCUGGGGCUUGACCAGUCGGCACCGUCCACGACCCUGCCUACGCCGCCCUCAGCCUUAAGCUCCGUGCGACAGCCCCAGGCCCAACGUCGAGUAACCAUCCAUGCCGUAUGCUCGUCAGAUAAUCUGGGUGCGAUUUUCCAAGCAGUGACUAAAUUAUCUGUCUCUGCCGUUUUCAAGACGGAUGAGCAGGGAUCUUUUUAG